AUGGGGCUGUUUGUGGAGCAGCAGUGCUUGAGCACCUCAAGGAUAUGGUUGCUGCUCCUGUUUGGCUUUUUGCUGCCUUUAGUCCCUUGUGCUGAUGGCCUGGGGGAUCAGGAUCUCUUGGGGGGUGUGACCUGUCACAGGGAUGGGAUGGAAGUUGAGUUUUCUGGAGAGCUUGGUAACUACUCCUGGCAUGUGUCUGUUGUAGAUGUGAAUGGUGAGGAGAUGGUGUCCUGUGACCACACAGUGGAUUAUGAGAAGUUGUUGCUCAAUGUCCUGUUUGUCAACUGCACAAGCCUGGAGCAUGGUAAGCACCAGCUAAGGUUGAGGCUGAUGUUGAAUGACACAAGAGGAGAGGAGAAGAAUGAAACCUAUAGCACUCAUUGCAAUACAGUCCAUGCUGAUGAGAUCAUUACUCCUUUCUUUGCUAGUACAACAAACUGUACCAAAGACUUCAUGGCAGUUACUUUCCCAAGACCCAUUCCAAGCUUCAGUGAGGAGCAUAUGGUUCCAGUAACUCCAAUGGCUUGGAUUCUAUCAGUUGAUGAUGGAACCAGAAUACAUCAGCUGAGCCUUGCACAAGCCAUGCAGCAAGGCUAUAGCUUUCUAGCUGAUGGCCACAACCUGGUCUUUCAGGUGGCCUUUACUGCCACUGGAGUUGUUUCCUACAAGCACAAUGAUAAGGUGCUCUACACUGUGUCACUCAAGCUUGUGUAUGGCCCUCCUGAACAUAGACUGACUGUGGAGUCAAGAAUGCUUUGUGCACCAGGUCCAGCCAUCUGCAAUGCAACACACAUGACUGUUGCCAUCCCAGCCUUCCCAGGGGCCCUUGUGGCUGUGGGUGUAGAAGAUAAAAUCAUCCCCAUGGACCAGCUUGAGGAAAAUGGGAUUGCUCUGGACACAAGGAGAGGGGUCAAGCUGCAUAUUAAAAAGGGAGUCUUGAAGUCUAGGCUACAUGGGGAGAGCUGUUCAGGGCUUCAGUCCUACUUGUCCUCUUUGAAACUGACUUUUCACUUCCAUGGGGAGACUGUGGCAAUGGUGAUGCAUCCAGAGUGCCCUUGUGACCAGCAUGCACCAAUAGCUGCUGUAUGUACCCAGGAUGGGUACAUGGAUUUUGAAAUCCUUGCUGACAGUACCAGACCACUGCUAGAUUUGGAUACACUGAGGCUCAGAGAUCCUUCAUGCCGCCCUGCCUUCAAAUCAUCUUUGAAUGACAGGGUUUGGUUUCAUGUUCCCCUGAAUGGAUGUGGGACCAGGUAUUGGUCUGAUGGGGAGAAGAUUGUUUAUGAGAACGAGGUGAGGGCAUUAUGGACAGAUCUUCCACUGCGUGGGAUCUCAAGAGACAGUGAACUCAGGCUAACAAUCCUGUGCUCCUUCAGCAAUGGUGAUGCCUCCCUCAGUAUAAAGGUAGACAACCUUCCUCCUCUGGCUUCUUCAGUGAAUCAAGGCCCCCUCUCCUUAGUCCUUCUAAGCUACCCAGAGGACUCGUUCAGGCAGCCAUACCGUGAUGAUCAGUACCCAAUAGUAAAGUACCUGCAGCAGCCCAUCUUCCUGGAGGUGCAGGUCUUGAACCGCAAUGAUCCCAACCUCCAUUUGGUACUGGAUGACUGCUGGGCCACAGCUUCAGAAGAUCCAAGCUCACUUCCCCAGUGGAAUGUUGUUGUAGAUGGGUGUGCAUAUGACCUGGAUAGCUAUAGGACUGUGUUUCACCCCGUGGGGCAUGGUGUCAGUUAUGCAAACUAUCGCCAGAGGCUGGAAGUGAAGACUUUUGCCUUUGUCUCUGGUGGCAAAGCCCUCCCUGGCCUAGUGUACUUCCAUUGCAGCAUCCUGCUCUGUGACCGUUUCCAACCAGACUCCCCUCUGUGUAUAACAAGAUGUCCAAGGCCAUCUAGAGGCAAGCGAGAGAGUGGGAUGCCAGGUGUGAACUCUGCAGUGGUGAGCCUGCAGGGUCCUGUCCUCCUUGUGCCAGAAGAAUGGUCUACAACCCAAGGGAGCACUCUCCUGAGCAAGGAAGUAUUGGCUGGCAUUAUAAUGGCUGCUGCUGGUAUUCUCUCUCUGGUGACCAUAAUGCUACUAUUUUUGGCUCUUCUUAAAUGCUUGAAGAGAAGAGCAUUCCUGGUAAAUGUACAUUAG